AUGGAGUAUAUGGAGUUUAUGGAGUAUGGAGUUUAUGGAGUAAGCAAAUCGAAAGCUUACGAACAAGAAGUUAAGACAAGAACAGCCUUCGAUGCAGAAGUAUCGCCAAUAAGCGUAGCUCUGUCACAACUACAGAAUCACCUUGAGAAAUUUAAUAACGUAGUCAUCCUCUCUGACUCCAAAGCCGCACUCCAAGCUAUUGCUUCCUCCAAAGCCCCCGCAUCUGCCGACAUUCUACAUUGGCGUCAAGCCCUUCACAGGCUUGACCAACACAACAAAAAUGUCGCCAUGCAAUGGGUACCAGCGCAUUGUGGACUUCAAGGUAACGAAACUGCAGAUUUCUUGGCCAAAAAAGCCGCCAAGAUUCUACAAAUAUCACUUAAGCCAGUUCCUUUCCACACCGCGAAAAGGCUAAUAAAAAUCUCUCUGCGAACAACAUUUGAAGCAAAACUCCAAGAAGCAAAUAAAAAUAAGGACUGGUUGGAAGGAAUUAAAGAUAUUCCGUCAUGGCCAAGAGAAAAAUCUGUGGCCCUUUUUCGCCUCGCCACUGGCCAUGACUGUUUAUCAAAACACCUGUAUAAAAUUAAAAUCUUUUCAAGCCCCCUUUGUCCAUUAUGUAACCAACAAGAAGAAAUGGACGCUAACCAUCUAAGACGUUGCCCUGCACUUCCUCCUGGGCCCUUGUGGGAACGAUAUUGGCGGGCGAGAUGCAUUAUUACAGACCUAUAG